AUGGCACGCCGCCCGGCUCCACCACCUCCCACCGUGCCCACGUCGAAGAUCUGCCUUGCCCGUAAUGCUUGGGCACAAGCUCCUGAUCCCCGACCCGCCCGAAUUGGCGGGGUCUCCGCAAACGCUGUUGGGGCUUCGUCCACCGCCUUCUCUUCCAGCCUUCCCGUUCAAUCAAACAAGCUGCAAUGCUCAACCGCAUGGUCUACUCCACCAACCACCAUCGAGUCACUGGUCCCAGGCACGUUUGCAUCGCUCAAGACCUGCCACGACCGGCUGCUCCUCCGAGCACGUCGCUCCCGUAGCCACCUUCUUCGUCCCUCACCCCGCAUUAUCGUCGAGGCAGACCUCUUGGCGCAUGCACCACUCACCGACUCCGAGGCCGCGCUAUCCGCGUUCCUGACAUGUGAGCACCUCACAUGUUGCUGGCGUGGCGACGCGAUUCGAGCUUACGGCACCACCGAGGCAGUCGUGAUCUGGGGACUCCGCAUCCUUCGCUCCUCAUCACUUGCUUCACUCUUUGUCCGGUCUGGUCGGCGAUACCCCACACACGGCUUCCUGUUUGCAUGUCAAAGCAUGCAGCCGGCGUACUGGGCACCUCCUCUGUCUACAACUUCUUGGAUCUGCGCUUCCGUGCCUGAGAAUCGCACCAAAGGCUUCGUCUGCCCUUUCCGGCAGCAUAUAAUCCCGGCUGUUUCUCAAACAACAACCUCGUUCCGUCAAGCUCGAGCUCGAAGCACUUCCUUCCGCUACCUUCGACCUUCCCACUCCCGUAAUCCCUCGCUACAAGCUGACAUGUCGGCUCCCGGACGUUCGGACGAAAAGAUGGACAUCAAGGAGGACGGGGUGACAAACGAUGUCCACGACCUGGACUCCAUAGAAUAUGGCUCGCAAGGCAAGAACGUCGGCUCAGGUGCAGAGUCGAGCGACGCUCAGGUCGAGACGACCCUGAUCAAGGGCAACGAGAUUGUGCUUAUCCCGCAGCCGACCACCGAUCCACACGACCCUCUCAACAUGCCAGAGUGGCGAAAGUGGGCCGUGCUUAUCGUCUUGGGCUUCUUCUCCAUCUUCAGUGUGCUCGUCUCGUCCGGCAUGGGUGCUUUUACGGGCCUUAUGUUCAAGGAGUAUCGCGGCGACAAGCGCGUGCCGGAUCUGCUCGUCUACCCGACCUUGUUCAUGGGUCUUGGCAACAUCGUCGGCAUCCCCGCUGCCAUCGCCAUUGGUCGUCGACCGGUGCUCAUCUUCUCGUCGCUGCUGCUCGCCUUCACCUCGUUGGGCUGCGGCUUGAGCCAGUCAUUCGACUCGCACUUUAUCGUUCGCGCGUUCAUGUCGCUCGCCGCCGGUCAGUCCGAGGCUCUGUGCCCUCUGAUCGUCCAGGAGAUCAACUACCUUCACGUGCGCGGCAACCGCAUGGCUGUCUUUUCGGGCAUGCAAACCACCGGGUUUGCCGUCAUGAUGAUCGCCACCGGUCACAUCACCACCGACCUCGGUUGGCGAUGGUGGUACGGCAUCGUUGCCAUCGUUUCCCUCGUCGUUGCGAUCGGAGCCAUCCUCAUUGUGCCCGAGUCGCGCUACCAGCGUGACGAGGCGAUGGUGCCGUCGGAGGACAUCGACUCGCGCGUGCCGAUCUUCUACACGGACAAGCGCAAGCCGUCGCUCGACACGGCGACGUACGGCGAGUACACGUAUGCAUCGACGCUGCGUGUUUACGUGGGCCCGAGUCGCUUUGGCGAGGCUGCACGCUGCCUGUGGUCGGCGGUGCACGUUAUGGCGUACCCGAAUGUGUUCUGGCUUAUGCUCAUGAACUCGUUGGCGCUGUCGGCGUACAUUGUCAUGACGACCGAAUACGCCGGUGCGCUGGGCUCGCCGCCGUACCGCUUCAGCUACGACGCCAUCGGAUACGUCAUGGCUGCACAGCUCAUCACCGCCGUCAUCUUUGUUCCGCUGCAAGGCAUGGGCGGCGACUGGCUGGUUAGGAGGCUGGCUGCGCGCAACGGAGGCAAGACGCGGCCCGAACAUCGCCUCAUCCCGCUCAUCAUGCCUGUGGGACUGGCGGUGGCCUCGUGCAUCAUCUAUGGCCGAACGCUCGCCGACCCGUACUCAUGGCACUGGACGGGCAUCGCGAUCCCGAUGAACGCCGUCUACUUUACGUUUACGGCCGUGAUCUUGUGCUCGUACACAUACUCGAUCGAUGCAUACCCGGACCGUGCGGGCGCCAUCCUGCUGCUCUACUGCGCCUCGCGAGGCAUUGUGAGCUUUGGCGUCUCGCUCUCCACCGUCGACUUCCUGGAAAAGGCGGGACCGCGCGGCGCCUUCAAUGUGCUUGCCAUCCUGUUUGGCAUUGUGUCUGCGUUUGGCAUCCCCUUCUACUUCUUCGGUCCUGCGGUGCGCCGCCUGACUGCGAGGUACUAG